AUGUCUUCCGACCCCCCAACCCUCUACUUCGGCUACGGCUCCAACCUUUGGCUGCACCAAAUGUCCACGCGCUGCCCCUCCUCCACCUACCUCGGCAUCGCACGCCUGGACGCCUACAAAUGGAUCAUCAACGAACGAGGCUACGCCAACAUCAUCCCACUUGCCGCAUUGUCGUCUUCAACCCCCCACGUCUACGGCCUUAUCUUCUCCCUCACCCCCCACGACGAAUCCCGCCUCGAUAUCAACGAAGGCGUCCCCCUUGCCUACACUAAAGAAUAUCUCCCCGCCACAUUCUGGUCCUCGUCCUCGUCCUCGCCCAACUCGAAAAUCGACAUUUCACUGCCGCCCAGCGAGACCGACAAGCCCGUUCUCGUGUAUAUAGAUCGGAAAAGAGUUACCGAGGGAAAGCCGAGGGAGGAGUAUGUGUAUAGGAUGAAUCGGGGGAUUGAAGAUGCGGUCAAGUGUGGGGUUCCCGAGGAGUAUGUGAGGGGUGUUAUGAGGGCGUUUAUUCCGGAGGAUGAUGGGGGAAAGGAGGGAGGGGAGAUGGGGGAGUUUGCGAAGAGACAGGCUGCUGGGUUUAGGGAUGAGAGUGGCGUUAUUGAAUAG